AUGAAUGUAAGUCCAAGAAUUAUUCACCAAGUUUCAGAAGCAUUUCCAUACAUGAGGGUUAAGACAAGACUUAAGAAUCCACGAUCAACAUUAGGUAAAUCUAUCAAAGAAAUAUUAAAUCGAGCAGGCAAGCGACAAAUUUCACAUCCAAAGCAAAACCAAACUUACGAAAACGAUGAUUCUGCAUCAGAAAGUCGGCGAAGUAGUACAAGAAUUAACGGAAAUCUUACAUUUUCAAAAUAA